AAAUUGUUGUCACAGUUGCUUGUUGUACUCAGCGUUUCGAUAUCGAUUGGCUUAACUCUAAUCGUCUUGAACACAUCUCCGUGUCAAGAAAAGUCUCACAAUAUUUUACGUCACGCAGCUGGUUUAGAUAUGGUUAUGGAAGUUCAAAGACUGUAG